AUGGCGACCAAACCUCGGGUCCUCCUCAUCUCACUGGACCUUCAGCCAUUUUUUGACGAUCAAUACUCGGCCCUCAUCGACGCCCUCUGCAACAGAGCCACCAUCCAGCGUGCCAAGACUGCCGACCCAGCCAUCCGCAAGCUCAGUGAGGACGAGUCCGCACCCCUUGUCGCCGUGCUCAUCACCGACGCUGUGCUCGCCAACAAGAAAAACACAGGAAAGCGUGUCUGGGAUGCGGUGCUUGCCUACGUGCGACGCGGUGGCACCGCAGUCGUUAUGGGCCAUUUCUCCUCGUUCGUGAAGCCGCUCAACGUCAAGCCCUUCUUUGAGCAAGCUGGGCUGCCCUGGGAGGCGGGUGUUUACCACCGCACGACGACAUCGCUGAACCGGACUGUUGUGGCGGAAAUGCUGACGGCAGUGGGCAAACUGCCGCAGAGCUAUAGCCAAAAGGCCCUCGCCGUGAAGAACGUCGCACCAGAGCAUGUAUGGUACGCUUCUAGCCCAGACUCGGUCAUUGAGUCGGCCGUGUUUGCGCCCGAUAACGCCCACACACCAGGCCAGGCAGCUGUUGCUCUGGCGAAUGUUGGGGAAGGGAGGUUGGGGUACCUUGGGGAUGUCAAUGCUGAGGCCGAGUCGAACGCUGUAGUGUUGGCUAUGUGUGGGUUUCUGUGA